GGAGGGCCCCCCUCAGAUCAGGUCUUAGAUCUGAUCAAGGCAGAUGAAGGUUCAGAGGUGUUGGCUCCAAAGGCCCAUGCGAGAUGCCAUAGGGGCUGCUUCAUGGCUUGCCAGCUCCUUUUCUGGCAAGCGGCAAGACGGACUAUUUUCAAUUGCACCGCCGUGGUUCCAGCAGAGGUGCCUUCCGGUAUUUUCACACAAGCAAACCAAACCCACAGUUUCCCGAAAUACCCGCGCCCUUGAUGUGCUUCCAGUGGGCUGCUGCAUACAAGAAAAUUCUGGAUGUACCAUCAGAUCUCGGGGCACCUCCUGGCAGUUCAGGGAUUGCCGUCAUUGAAGGAUGCUCUGGUGGAUGCACUGGGACCUACAUCAUGAAGGACAUUGAGAGCGAGUUGGGGGUGCCAUUUAUCACUUGCGCAGCCAUGGAAAAGGACGAGGCAAAAAGGAACUACUCCUUGAGGAAUCAUGGAAUGCAGAUACAGCACAUGUUUCGGGACACCGGCGCCUUCCUGGAUGAGCUGCGCGAUUUCCUUCGGAACUCUGCCUCUUUCAUGACCUUCUUCUCGACAGUCUUGGCCAUGAAGAUUCCGGCUCUUCACCAUGAUCCUUUGUUUGAGGCAGUGUCCAAUGCGCAACGGCAAGUGCAGGACCUUCGUGAUCUCACCACCAAGAUCCUGACCAACAUUGGGGUCCUGGAGAUGUUGCUGCAGCAUGCCGAUGACGACCAGGCCACACAAAUUGCGGCGGCUCGCAAGACUGCUGCUGCUUUAGCUAAGGAUUUUGGAAUGAGCCCCAAGGACCUACCAGAUCAGUUGCGCUGGCGCUUUGAAGAGUUUGGAAAGAAGAAGCCCGAACCCAAGGUCAAGGGCAAGAAGCGUGAGGGCAGUCAGCCUUCGGCCGCAAAGGCCAAGGCCAAAAGAGUUGCGAAGAGUCCUCUGCAAAGCUUCGCGCGAAAUACCGUUCUCAUGGAGGACAACUUGGAGACCAUCGAUCGGAUCCACGUCUCCGAGGCGGACUUCGCCGCUCAGCUUGGCGCCAGCGGAACGGCGUUUGGUUCGAGAAGCGGCGGCCUGGUGGGUGGAACGACCUUUGCGGAAUUGGUGUCGUUUUUCGGAAUUGGCGUGGCACCGUGGGUGAAGUUGGCCGAUGACAUGCCCCGGGACUCUGAAGGUACACGGUCGGGGAAAUCCACGAGGGACAUCGUGGAAGAGUUCAAGCUGCAGCGAGCGGUGGAGAAUUUGCGACUCUUCUACGUGGUUUUACAGCUGGCUGCCUUUGCCUUGGCCACCAGUGUGGUUGUCGGCUCCGCCGCCAAUUUGCUGUGGGACCUGGUGCCCCCUGGGAGGACGGCUGAGGCAGUGAUCUCUGGAGUGUCGGUGCUGUCUUGGUUGCUGCAAGCGGGCGCCGUGGCCACCGUCUCCACAUGCCCGAUCGAUGAGUUGGACUUUAACUCCUUCGUGGAGAGCCGUCCCGCCGUUUGCAUUUGCCUGGGCUUGGGGCCCCUGGUCUCCGGGGCCUUCCGAGUGUUGGAGUUCCCCUUUCCACGCUGGAUCUCUUGUUUAGCGGCCUUGGGCAUGAUUCUCAAGGGUUGCCUCGGAGCCUGCGGCGUGCACCGCUGCCAGUGGUGUUUGCCCUCUUAUUGUACCUUGUUAGAAGCCUGGUUGUUGGAUAUCACGGUGGCCUCCACCGUCACUGAGAUCGCGCUGGCGGAAGACUCUGUGAUGACGGAUGCGUGGUUGGCAAUUCAUGCCUCCGCCGCAGUUUUGCUGGCCGUCUGGCUACAGUGCCGCAAGACCAAAGACACCAUCCGGGUUUAUGCGAACAGUUACAUGGCCAUGAGCUGGGGAAGUAGCUUCUACGCCUGCCGUGCGGUGGACCUGGCACUGGGCCACAAGGAGUGGGAGGAAGGGCGGCACAAGGACAUCGCCAUCGUUGCGGCCGCCACCUUUUCAGCUGCGUUGUUGUUGCCGCUGCUGUUGGUCCUGGUGGUGGGCCGCAAGGUCCUUUUCCAGAAGUUGGUCUACCUCUUGGACCACCGUCGGCGUUUGCAACUUCGGGAUGGGGCCUUUAUGGCCAUGUUACUGGAUUCCUAUGUCGUGGAACCUGGCCAGCCCUGGUGGCUGUCCCUGGAAGAGAUCGCUCAAAAGUCCACCAGCGGCUCGCACACCUUAGCCGCCUGCAGCUCGUUGCCCACCGCACGACUGGAGGGCAAGUCGCCCGGUUUUGUGGUGGGCCGUGUCACCGAGGUCGCGGAGGUGCAACGCUUUCAGCAGGUCUUGCCCUGGCCCGAGCUGCUUCGCCGGGGCCGGCAGAAGCUGCGCUGUUUGGACUGGGCUGCACAGAAUCCCGAGCACUGGCGGCCCGAGACUCUCGGCGAGUAUCAGCUCUCCAGGCCUUUACAGCGUGGCGAGACCAUCGACUACUUCGUGUCCCACAGUUGGUCAGAUAGUCCAGAGCGCAAGUGGCGAGCCUUGCAACUGGUCGCCGACAGCUUCUACCGCUU